CCUCAGCUAGCCGACAAAAGAGUCACGAGAUCUUAUGACAGUAGAGAAGCAGGGGGUCGCAUUACUAGUUGAGAAAGAGUUUCUACAUUUCAGAAAAGAUACACAAAACUAUAGAAGUAAUGGUGAUUUAGCUUAUUCAAAAUGUUACCGUUUCGCGAUCGCGUAAUUCCCAAAAUUGUGUCAGAGCUAGUCGCUUUAGGAUUCGUUCUAUUCAUAAUACCAGCUAUUUACAUAUUUGAGCUUGCGGUAGUUCUGCCGGCCGUGUACGAUGGAAAAAAAGAAUUCGACACGUUUUGGCUUUAUUUUCACUCAGCUUGCGGAACUUUUGUGAUGUUCAAUGUAGUUGGAAAUCUAAUUGGAGUCAUAUUGGUAGAUACCAGUGCCAAGCAUAUUAUUGUUGAUACAUCCAAGGCUGAUGCAUCUAAAGGAUGGCAUUUGUGUUCAGUUUGUGAGACUAUAUCACCCCCGAGGUCAUGGCAUUGUAGUCAGUGUAAUACCUGCAUUCUAAAGCGUGAGCAUCAUUGUGGCUUUACUGGGUGCUGUGUUGGUUAUAACAACUUCAGAUUUUUCUAUCUUUUUUUGGCAAAUCUCUUCUUUGCAACCAUAUAUGCAACCUACUUUAAUCACUAUUAUAUCUGGUCUCAAGUAAUUGCAUUUGAGUGGUCUCACAUAAUUCGUAUUGUCAUGCCACUUACAAUUCUCUUUUUUGGAAUUGAUACCUCAAUGACACAGUUGUACUUUUUCUACUAUUCUAUAACAAUGAUUGGUUGCUGUUUUAGUGGUGUAUUGCUGUAUCAGCAAAGUUAUCUAGCCUUUUUCAAUCAAACCUCUUGGGAGCGUAACAAAGGCACCAAUGAUCACGACUGUGGCGUAAUGCACAACAUCCGCGAUGCUCUUGGACAUCGAUGGUACCUUAUUUGGCUUUGUCCCUUCUUGCAGUCUCCACUGCCACAUGAAGGUAUCCAAUGGAUGACCCGGGAACAAAUUUCACUGGAAGGAGAAAAAAAUAAAUGAUUAACUGUA